AAAAAAAUCAAAAUUCAGAUCUUCUUCUUCCACUUCAUCUCUCUCCCUCCUCUCUUCGUUUCAAUUUACAGAGGCAAUAUCACGAACGGCUUGGUACCUCCGUCCUCGAAGUUACGGUUUUGGAGGUGCGAAUAAUCUUGAGCAUAAGGCUUUACUUCUUUGGUAGUGGAUUUGUCUGUCAUUAGCGGGCAUCAGCAAAUGGGAAACGAGUCGGAGAAUUUCGAUAUUGAGGAUCUGAUGUCUUACGGAGACGAUUUAAUCAGUUUAUUGCGUGUUAAGAAUGGUUUUGAUGAGAUCUCUCAAAGUCCCGAGCAGUUAAAUUCUCUCAAUUUCGCUUGUGACGAGGAUUACACUGACAUACAUGCCUCUAUUCAAGAUUGUAAGAAGAAGCUCGAUGUUUGUAAGAAGAAAACGGAGGAAGCGUAUUUAGAUGUUGCGGCUGAAGAUGAGACUGAACGUCUUCAGAAAGAGCUUGACGAAGAGAUUGAACUGGAAUGCCAGCUAAAGAACGAGCUUAGAGUGGUCGCUGAUGAACUCAGUGACCUGAAUGCUCAGUUGAAUUCAAUUGCUGAACAUAAGCAAUCUACAAAGAGAAAAGCGCGGGACAACUUGAGAGAUGAGAAAAAGCUAUCUAUGCAUGCUUCUGUCACGCAAGUUAUACCGGACAUUGAUGAUCCUUCAAAGAUCUCAGGCUAUAUGGUAGAUCGUGAAAAGAGGGUCAUUGAGAAGUUUCAAUUCGAGACAAAUGAGAUGACGGCCUACGAGACAUGUAAAAGUAUCUGGAGCAUCAUCAACAAGCAGUAGAUAGACCUUGACACCAGUUCGUUUGUAUGAUAUAUCUCUGUUUGAUCAGUAUUGGUUCUAGCUUAGCAACCAAAAAAACCUCUCUACCUACACCUACAGUUCCGUAGAUGUAAGCACUUUCUGUUUAGUUAUCAUCAGCUAUUUGCGAUUGGAGUGUGAAUCUUCCUCUCCUGUAACACUAUCAUCAAUUUAUGUAUAAUUUCCCUGCAAGUUUUCUUGGAAUUCAGUAUGUGCAGAUACCUGUAAAAUCCACAAUCUUUAGCU